GAAACACCACACGCGCGCGCAGACUCACUCUUAAAGUAUCCUGUAAAGGCACAGACGCUACAGAAAUCGGUGCAGCUCCGUGCGCGAGAGGAACGAAAGGAGAACUCUCACUGAUGUCACCGGGGGCCGUGCAGAUCAUCUGAGCUCUUAACAUCAUGUUAUACGGUGUCGUUUCUCCGACCGCGUGCGGCGCUCCUCUGCUGCAGCCCGUCUGGGACGAGAUACGCGAGCGCUCGGGGGAGCGCGCGACGCCGCUGUGGAGCGCGUGCCUGGCUUUCUCGGUUCACGUCCUGCUCUCGGCGCUCUUCCUCGGGCUCGAUGUGCUCGGCCCGCGCGUGCCGUGGAUCAGUCGGUACAGGAUCCACGGGAAGCCUGUCAGCCUGCGCCGCUGGUUUCGCUGCCUCGUGCGGAUUUCGUGGAAGUACGCGCUGUGCAUCUUGCCGGUGAGCGCGUGGAUCGGGUACGCCGGAUUCGCGCAGCACGAGCGCGCGGCUGCUGCUGCUGCUGCUGCGCCAUCGCUGCUCGUCGCGUGCUCGGAGUGUUUUUCUUGCUUGCUCGUGUUCGACACCACCUUCUUCUUCGUGCACUACACCGUGCACAGAAACCCCUGGCUCUUCAAGGUCUUCCAUCAGUCUCAUCACAUGAACGUACACCCUUUCGCACUGGCGGCUCAGGACUCCAGCAUCAUCGAGCUCGUCUCUCAGCAGGUGUUGGCCAUGUUUAGCAUCGUGGUGGUGGGCUGCCACCCGGUCAGCCAAAUCCUCUUCCAUCUGCUCAACAUCUGGCUGGCGGUGGAGGACCACUGUGGGUACGAUUUCCCCUGGGCUCUCCACAGGAUAUUGCCCUGCUUCGGAGGAGCUCCUUUCCACCAGGCCCAUCAUCAGCACAUUACUGGGAACUAUGCACCGUACUUCACACACUGGGACCUCAUAUUUGGUACGGCAAUACACACGUGAACGGACGUUUGUUUUGGAAGGAGCUGGAGAUGUGGAUAUGGAUUUUUUUUU